UGUAAAAUUCCGCAUGCUUUGGACUCGAUUCCAUACCCUCAGCCGGCGUCGUUCAACGCACCUCUGCUUUCUUCUCCUUUUCCUUUCCAUACCCCUUGCCGGCGUCGUUCAACGCACCUCUGCUUUCUUCUCCUUUUCCUCGACAACGCACGCUUUGGGACUCGAUUCCAUACCCCCGGCUGGCGUCGUUCAACGCACCUCUGCUUCAUUCUCCUUUUCCUCGACAACGCACGUUUUGAUCGUUCCGAACUCGACCUCCUCGAGUAUUCUCAUCUUCUUUGCCUCCCCCAUUUUCUGAGAUCUCUGCUUGAGGUGUUGCGUCCCUUUGGAUACUCAAGCUUAAGCCACGCGGAAGAGUUUCAUCUGUUAGAUCGGUCCAAUGGAGGGGAACAGUUGGGGGCUGGCUGAGGGUGAACUUUCCGCUGCCGCUAAUGGGAGGUCUGCCGACUGGAGGACCCAACUUCAGCCCAAGGCGCGCCAGAUGAUUGUAAAUAAGAUACUCGAGACUUUGAAGAGGCACCUACCAAACUCUGGACCUGAGGAUUUGAAUCAACUUCGGAACAUUGCUGCUCGGUUCGAGGAGAGGAUAUUCACAGAAGCUGACAAUCAGUCGGAGUAUUUGAGGAAAAUUUCUCUGAAAUUGCUCUCAAUGGAGAGUAAAACUCAGCAUUCUGCAUCAAUCAACACUUCAGUGUCCAACAGCAACAACCAAAAUUCUACAGAUCCAGGAACUCUUUUCACUAUAGAAUUAGACUCUGAUGAAACCAGUGGAUGGAGUCUGGCUGAGGGUGAAAUUUCCGCUGCUGCUAGUGGGAGCUCUGCUGACUGGAGGACCCAACUUCAGCCCAAGGCACGCCAUAUGAUUGUAAAUCAGAUACACGAGAUUUUGAAGAGGCACCUACCGUUCCCUGAACCUGUGGAUUCGAAUCAACUUCAGAACGUUGCUGCUCGGCUCGAGGAGGCGAUAUUCAAUGCAGCUCAUAAUCAGUCAGAGUAUUUGAGGAAAAUUUCUCUGAAAAUGCUCUCAGUGGAGAGUAAAACUCAGCAUUCUGCAUCAAUCAACACUUCAGUGUCCAACAACAACAACCAAAAUCCUACAGAUCCAGAUUGCUAAGACACUAGGAUUGCCACUGAGAAGUAGCUGCUAAGAAGCUUUUAACUGAGGUGGGGCCUUGGAUCGAGAAGCAAGAAGCAAUUGGCAACGGGAUAUAAGAGUAAUCGGUUCAUGUUUCUGGUGUAAACUCAAUAAACUGUGAUGUUUCAAGAGUUUGGAAUUAAGAUUUGGUGUAAUCAAUUUUGAUUAUCAAUGCAGUGCGUUGUAAUCGAUUCGACUUUAUUUGUUAUUUCGGUUUUGUAGUGCUUGGAGAUGGAGAAUACAAUCGAGAGAGAAUUUCUCUGUAGCUAAAGAUGAAAUUCUUGUAUUUAAUAAUGCUUAUUUCGUUUCAAUAAAAGACUAUAUUGGAUA